CGGUUCGGUUUCGGUCGGCAUUCGUUCGGUGAUUUAGUACAUCGACUUUUCAGUUUGUCGUAUCGACGUCCAACUUUUAAUUUUUAAUAUCAUUUAAUUAUGUGAAGUGUGACAUAAAAGCCUGAGUUUAUGUUUAAAAUAUGGUUUAGAUUAACGUGAAGUUACAUGAAACAUCUAGUUAUAAUGUUAUGAUAGUUUCAUUAUCAAGUGAUUAUCGACCUCAUUCGACUGUUUAUGUUUAGUAAACGGGUAAGGGUUUAACAAAGUUUGUUUUGCAAACAGACAGUUUACCCUCAAUCAAACUUAAGUCGGUGUGAAUUAGCUAAGUGAUGUGUUAUUAAAUCAGUUAUGUUCGUGAUAUGAGAUGGUAACGAUGGGCAAAAUGUGCAAAGUGGUGUUGUGUCUUUGUAUGGCGGUGUUGAGCUGGGGCGGCGCGGCUGCGGAGAUUGGGCACAACAUGAACAACAUCUCGCGCAGCAUGUUAGAGGAAGUGACGGACGUAAUGGAUAUGGUGGAAGUGAUUUACUCGGAACCAGUGAUCACCCCCAAGUACGUUGCCGAGUUGCAGUUCGAUAUGCGCGCUAUGGGCCCCCUCUACAACUCGACACACAUCAUCAUCGACGCCAUCGCUGACAAACAGGCAUACCCAGAAGGCAUAGUGUCGGUGUCGGACGGGCACCUGUACGUGGCGCCGCUGAAGGACGAGUGGCGCACGCUGCUGGCGCACUACGCGGGCCCGGUCGCCUUCAUCGUCGUCGCGGUGCUGCUCAUCGUCAUUCUGCCGCUGACCGGACUGUUCUGGUGCUGCUGCUACUGGUGCCGCGCGAGACGACGGCGGCGCCCGUUCGACCGCAAGUACGACGCCUGCCUCAAGGGAGUGCUCGCCAUCAUACUCAUCGCAUUGCUGACGCUCUUCUUGUUCGGCGUGGUGUGUGCGUUCGCGACGGAGUCCCAGGUGGAGACGGGCGCGGCCGGCCUGUCGCAGUCGCUGGACGCCGGCAUCAACGACACGCAGGAGUUCCUCAACGCCACGCAGGCGCAUGCGCGCUGGCUGCUCGUCAACAACUUCAACGAACUGAAAAUCAAACUUAAUUCUAUGCUUUAUGGUAUCGGCGUGACGGCGUCAGUGAAACUGGGUGAGUUCUCCCGCGCGGUGUCGGUGACGACGCUCAACAAGAUGGUGCAGCAACUGGACGAGGUGCAGGCCAACCUACGCACCGUCCAUGUCCUCACCGCACAACUACGGCUCAAGGCGGACCAUCUCAACACAGGUCUCCGCAAGGUGAAGAACCAGUUGCUGCAGACCCUGGCCAAGUGCGACCAGCCCAAGUGCCGCGCCCUGCAGGACAAGUACAAGAUCGGACAGCUCGACACCGAGAUACAGUACAGCCAGAUGCCGGACGUGACGGAGCUGCUGGGCAACGUGACGGCGCUGCUGGACAGCGACAUCAAGGGCGAGGUGGCGGCCGGCCAGCAGGUGUUCAGCGACAUCCAGCGCGGCAUCCAGCGCUCCGUGGACGAGCACGUGCCCGACGUGGCCGAGGGCAUCGAGGCGCUGGGCCGCCAGCUGGGCGCCGUGGCCGACGACAUCACGUGGCUGGCCGGCAACGCCAGCGCGCGCCUGGACGCCGCGCGCGCGCCCGCCGCCGCGCCCGCGCGCCUGCACGCGCGCUGGGGGCCCCAGAACAUGACGGCGGAGCUGGGCGAGGCGGUGGCGCGCAAGCUGGAGCAGUACAUGGCGCGGCUGGAGCGCGGCGCGCGCCUGGACGUGGGCCGCUGCGGGCCGCUGUCGCGCGCCUUCAACGCGUCGCGCGACGCGGCGUGCCGCGCGGCGCUGCAGCCGGCGCAGGGCUACUGGCUGGCGCUGGCCUGGUGCGUGCUGCUGUUCGCGCCGCUGCUGGCGGCCAGCGCGCGCCUGGCGCGCCUGUACCUGCACGUGGACGCCUACCCCGGCCCGCUCGUCGAGGCCGAGUAUUUGUAUGACGCGUACGCGGACCGCGAUAACGUACCCCUUGCCAACGCAUACAAGGCGGAGAAGCGAAGCGGGCGCGAGGCGCGGGACGGGCGCGAGGCGCGCGAGCCCCGCGAGCCCCGCGAGCCCCGCGAG